AUGGAUCAGAGUUGCGGCAGGGCGUUUGUGUGCAGAAGAUAUAUGCUCCCCGAUAUUUUCGAUAUCUCGAUUCUACUUCCGAGGGUAGCUCAGCUGCUGUUUUUGACGAUUUGGAGGAGGAGGAGGCGGCAUCUGCUUCAUGUGGUCUCGCGCAUUCGGGCUUCUCUGCAGGGAGUGCGAUUUAUCUUUUUGAUGCCAUUUGUGGAAAGGAGGAACAUGAAAUUAGUGGUUCCAGGACGGAAGAUCCCUACGCAAGCUUGGCAAAGUCUUCCCCUCGGCAAAAUGUUGGGGCGCCAGUUUCUUCGGCAGCUGUUGGAAUGCACGUUCCUACUGCAGAUGUUGGCAUGCAGGUUUCUUCAGCAGAUGUUGGAAUGCAAGUUUCUGGGAGUGCUUCAGCAGAUGUUGCGAUGCAAGUUUCUUCAGCAGACGUGGGAACGCAAGUUUCUUCAGCAGAUGUUGGCAUGCAUGUUUCUUCAGCAGAUGUUGGAAGGCACGUUUCUGGGAGUGCUUCAACAGGCGUUGGAAUGCAAGUUUCUUCAGCAAAUGUGA